AUGGAUCUCGGUCGAGUUCUUGGAUCGGCCACGAAACGAGUUCUCGAUGGCGCUCAAUCUACCUUGUUCUGGGGCGCACAGAUUGUGCCUACAGAGAUCGCCCGGAAACUGGUGCUCUCUUCCUUGAAAGGCAUAACGAAAGGAUAUUUGGUGGUCUGCACUUCAGACGGCAUGGAGUGGACAUUCGGGUCCAUCAAAACCGGCCCAAGUGCCAUGAUUACUGUCCACGAUGCCAAAUUUUGGUAUCGAAUUUUGAUAUCUGCUGAUAUUGGAUUCGCGGACUCGUUCAUGCUCAAGGAAAUCACGACGUCCGAUUUAAAGGCAGUAUUUCAGAUCUUCAUCCUCAACCGCACCCACCUCUCCAACUUCACGACUCCCACAUCCACCAUCUUCGCCACCCUCUCGAACCUCCUCCUCCGCACCACCGACACCAACACCGUCAACCGCACCGCCCUCAACGUGGCCGCCCACUACGACCUCUCCAACGACAUGUUCGCCGCCUUUCUGUCCCCGGACAUGACCUAUUCCAGCCCAAUCUAUCUCCCGCGCUCCCAUCCCGACUACGCCCACGACACUCUCGAACAAGCCCAGUAUCGCAAACUUGACCGCCUGAUCCAAGCCAUCCACCUGCAACCGACAGACCACUUACUCGAAUUCGGAACCGGAUGGGGCAGCAUGGCGAUUCGUGCCGCUAGUACAACCGGCUGUCGCGUGACGAGCAUCACGCUCUCCGUGCGACAGAAAGAGGAAGCAGAUCGUCGAAUCGAGGAGAUGGGGUUGUGUGAUAAGAUCACCGUGCUGCUGUGCGAUUAUCGAAGUCUACCGGUACCCGAGGUGCCGUAUGACAAGUUCAUCGCGAUCGAGAUGUUCGAGGCGAAUCUCAAUGAGGAUUUAGAGGUGAUUUGGGGGGUGGUUGAUCGGAUGCUGAAGAAGGAGGGAGGGAUUGCUUGUGUGCAGACGGUCAUGAUGCCUGAAUCGCGGUAUAGGAAUCAGUUCCCCAAGGGUGAGGGAUUUAUCCCCCGUUAUAUCUUCCCAGGCGGCCACAACGCCAGCCUCACCCGAUUCCUAGAAGCCGUCAACAACGGCACCAAGCACAUGCUGAGCCUAGAAUCUCUGUACGAAUACGAUGCGCACUACGCUCGCGCCCUGGCAGAAUGGCGACAGAAUUUCACAGACAAUUACGAAACGCAGAUCGCGCCGGCGCUGCGGAGGGAGUACUCACUCUCCGACGAGGAAAUAGAGCUGUUCCGGUUGAAGUAUAUUUAUUAUUUCACUUACACGGAGGUCGGAUUUAGUGAGAAGGUGCUGCACAUUAUGCAGAUGGUGUUUGCGAGGGAGGGGACGAAGGAGGUGUUGGAGGAUGUUUAG